CCGGGCGCGAGGGCCAGGCGCGCCUGCGCGGCUUUCACGAGGUUCCGGAUCUUGCUUUUGGUUCCGAAAGCAGUUUUAGAGAAACUGAGGCUCCGAGAAGGAACGCCCACUCCCUAAACCGAUAGGAAACCUAUUUACCUUCCUUGGACCCACUGUGAAAGGCCUGGCCUUGGGAUCGUUAGCAGUGUCUCCGAAACUCCAGGUGAGGACGCGUGGAUUCUGAGGCGGGAACAGAGUCACGCUCUGGCGGCCUGGAUUCGAACCUGGACUGAGCCCAGCUCUGAGUCCUGCGAGGCCUCGUGGAACCGAGAUGGCCCACUCUUUGGUUUGUCCAGAGACAGUGAGCAGGGUGAGUUCGGUGCUGAAUCGGAACACCAGGCAGUUUGGCAAGAAGCAUCUGUUCGACCAGGACGAGGAGACGUGUUGGAACUCGGACCAGGGUCCCUCCCAGUGGGUAACACUGGAGUUUCCCCAGUGCAUCUGUGUCUCCCAGCUGCAGAUCCAGUUCCAGGGGGGCUUCUCCAGUCGCCAGGGCCGCCUGGAAGGUUCUCUGGGGAGUGAGGCUCUUAGCAAGAUUGUGGAUUUUUACCCUGAGGACAACAACUCGCUUCAGACCUUCCCAGUGCCACCUGCUGAGGUGGACCGGCUGAAGGUGACAUUUGAGGACACCACUGAUUUCUUUGGCCGAGUGGUCAUCUACCACCUACGUGUGCUAGGGAAGAAGGUGUGAGGCUGCUGGGUGGCUGCCUCUUCCAGGAAGCCCUCCAGGAAGCACAGCAAAGUCCUUCAAGUUCUGCACAGGUUUAUUGGUUCCUCUUGGAAAGGGCUCCCUCCCACCAUCUGUCCAGGAGCUGCCUUUGAAGCUGGUUCUGGGUUCCCCCAGCUCUGGGUCAACCAUUUUGUUCCCUGAGUGUCUUGAGUCCCUGGUGGGCAGUGUUUACUCGGGGUCGGCAGGCACCAGGUUGCUCUGGAAGAGUUUGAGGAUAUGGUUCUCGAUCACCUGUUGCACUGGAAACAGAACAGGGAGGAGGUGGGCCACGAACUGAACGGAGGCUGCAGAGGCACAGGCUGACCUGUACCUUCCCCUCGGGGUAUGAGCAGGGCCCUCAGCCCUGGGGCCUGGAUGGAGGACCCAUUUCCUCCUCAGGGAGAUCAGAUACGUGCCAGAGAACAGCUGGGAAGACAGAGGUCCCCGCCCUAGGAACCUCAAUUUCCCCGAAGUUUGUAAAAUGCAUUUUCGGAGGUUUUUCAGUUAUAAAAAUAUUCCUUACCUAACAAAAUUGACAAACUGGAACUUUUAGAGUUGAGAAGGACUGUGAGAAAUUAUUUGUUUCAAAUGGACUAAAACUUCAUCAAUGAAGGAUGGAAUGGGAUAUUUCCCGUGCACCACCCCCCAUGACCCCAGGGGUUAGUUCUGUUAGGAUCUCCCCAUUUUCUGAAGUAGGGAGUCAAACUGGGGUCUGUCUCCAGCCCCUGUUCACAUCCACUUCCUGCCAUGGAGGGGGCUGGUCUCCACGGCCAUGCGCACUGUGGCCCUCGUGGUAUCCUCGCCCCAUCGGGGACUCCUUUAGACCACUCAGUGCCUGCAUGUCCCUCCGUUACGGCCCCUGUCACCGAUACACAUCGGCCUCCUGCCCCAGUACACGGGGAGUCCCGAGAGCUGGGACUAGUACGUGCCCAGGCCAAGUAUACACCAGCAAUCGCCUGAUGUUUGCUAACAUGAACACUUUCGCUGCUAGCAUCUGACAUCCAAAAGGGAUGUCCUGUGCACCCUGCUGUGGAUUACCCCACCUAUAGCACCCUGACACUGCCUCCAAAUGUCUCAGGCCAACCUUUCCGAUAUCCCAAGGCCACGGCGAGGUCCAUCGGGGUGUAGCCGGAGUCUGCCUCAGUGGUGAGAUCAGCUCCUCGGGCUGCAAAGCAGAACAGGUGCUGCAGAGGAAGCUGGGCUGGGGACCAGGAGCCUGGGUGGGGUGCAGAGGUGCAGGGACUACCCACCACGCAGCCAUGGGUCUGCUGGUAGCUGUGUGGCCCUGGACUAGAGCCUGACUUGAUGCAUGUGGCCACUGGGAUCUCCACCUCCAGGGUCUCUGAGGUAUGCAGAGUGUGGGUGCUCAAGCCAGUCGGCCAGACCCCUGUGCUGUUCCUGCCACCUCCUAUCCCCACUGCAGUCCUCCAGGAGAAAGCUCUUACCCAUCCCAAGAGCAGUUCAGGCAGAGCUCAGACCCCUCCCUGGCCGCCAGGAUUCCUGCAGGGCCAGCCUCUAUUCCACUCACCCAGCAAGGCCUCCACGCACUUCACAUGGUUCCCACGCACGGCGUACAGCAGCGGCGUCCCUCCAUUCUGUCAGGAACGGGUAGAGGACAACCGACACCAUCUUUCCCAGAUUCUCAUGACCCCCCACACCUUCCAAUUUAAUGUGGUUCCUCCUGUUUGUCACUUGGCCCAUCUAGUUUCUUCCCUGGAUCUCAGCUUACAUACUGCUUCUUCCAGGAAGCCCACCCUGACUUCCCUUGGCUCUACAGGCAGCCUCAGCUCUGUUCACUAUAUCUGAGCUGUUUAUGUGUCAGCUAAACCCCUCAAAAAAAAAAAAAAAAAAAACAACUGGGAGCUCUGUGAGGCUUGGGGAUGGGUCUCAGCACCCCGAACAGACUUGGUACCCUGUGAGGCGCCCAGGGCCAGUAGGUGGCACCUCACCCAGUCAUAGAUGUUGAUGUCCACGUCUCGUUCCAGCAGAAGCCCCACGAUGUCCGUGUAGCCACCGGUGCUGGCCAGUGACAGGGCACUCUCCCGCUCCUUGGCCAGGAUGUGGGGGUCGGCACCCUGGGAAGAGCAGAGGGGGCAGUGACAGAGCCAGGGCAGAGGGAGGGGUGGGGGCAGCCUCUGCAAUCCUGGGGCCCCCAUGUUAGCUCCAUCUUACAGACACGGCCCCAGCAGACUCAGCUGAAACCAUUGCCCGCCCUCCAGUCCUCAGGAAGCCCCCAGCUGGGCUGGGACGCACCCACUCAAGCAAGAAGCGGACAGUCUCGAUCUCUCCAAAGGCAGAGGCCCAGAUGAGGGGGGUGAAGCCGCGCUCGUCUGGCUUGUUGAUGAGGUUGUCGCCUGGCAGGAGGGGGGUGGUACCACUGGGAUGUACCUCUGCCCACUCUCCCCAAGGCUGUAGAACUGGGGACGGGGUGGGCGGCUGGGGUCAGGUGUGGGGCAGGGAGGCAUACGUGUGGAUGACACAUGUGGACAUGCGCAGGCACAUGUACAGACAUAGGCACACAUGUGGAGGCUCAGGUCAGGUCAGCAGCCACACGCACACACCAGCAGGUGAAGUCACACUGGCGUACGCGUGUGGGCAUGGACACACUGGCACACAUGUGUGGGCACACACCUUUCCUCAGGUGCUCCUUCAGUUGGCUCAGCUCCCCUUGGGCUGCAAGCUGGUGGAUGGACAGGGCUGGGGGCCAAAGAGAGGCAGAGUCCUCACCUAUCCCAUCCCUGCUCCAUUACUCCCUGUCCAAAGUUGCGCCUCUCAGCCCCUGCCACCCCGCCACUUCUCUCGCCCCAGGGACCAGGGGCCCAC